GUCGUGAUAUUUCAUAUAUAUGAUAAAUCACAUGGUCGGAACUCGUGACCACAACAGCUGAUUUCUAUACCAACCACAACCAUCCUUUCAACCUUCAACUCACUCAUCAAAUCAAUCCCAACCUAGACAACCCCGCCAAAAUGCACAUCCUCACUCUCCUCACCCUCCCACUCCUCACAACCGCCAUCCCCCUCCACCCUAAAACCACCGACCACAGCCCCCUCCCUCUAGUAAUCUGGCACGGUCUAGGCGACGACUUCCAACGCGAAGGCCUCCAAUCCAUCGCGGCCCUGGCCGAACAAACCAACCCAGGCACCUACGUCCACCUCAUCCACCUCUCUGACACCGGUUCCGGUGACCGCCAAGCCACCUUCCUCGGCAACGUGAGCGAGCAGGUCGCCUCCGUCUGCGCGCAACUAGCCUCAGACCGCAUCCUCAGCACCGCCCCGGCCAUCAACGCCCUCGGUUUCUCCCAAGGCGGCCAAUUCCUCCGCGGCUACAUCGAACGCUGCAACGCUCCGCCCGUCCACAACCUCGUCACCUUCGGCAGCCAACAUAACGGCAUCGCGGAAUUCCAAGAAUGCUCCUGGAGCGACUGGAUCUGCCGCGGCGCUGAGGCCCUCCUCCGCGCGGGCCGCUGGUCCGCCUUCGUCCAGGGCAAGUUCGUCCCCGCGCAGUACUUCCGCGACCCGGCCGAGCUGGACGAGUAUCUCGCCAACAGCAAUUUCCUGGCCGAUGUGAAUAAUGAGCGGGAGGUGAAGAAUGAGACCUACAAGGAGAAUCUAGGGCGGUUGAAUCAGUUUGCGAUGUAUCUGUUUGAGGAGGAUCAGAUGGUGCAUCCGAAGGAGAGUGCGUGGUUUGGGGAGGUGGAUGGGGAGACGGGAGAUGUGGUGCAGUUGCAGGAGAGGGAUAUUUAUCAGGAGGAUUGGAUUGGCUUGAAGGGGUUGGAUGAGGAGGGGAAGCUGCUUUUCAGGUCUGUUCCUGGAAGACAUAUGCAGUUGACUGAGGAGGUUUUGGUUGGGGUUUUUAGGGAGUUCUUUGGCCCUGUGGAGGUUGACGUUGAUGCUGAUGUUGAUUUUGAGAGGGCUUUAGUCCAGCAGGUUGGGUAUUGAUUGGGAGUGGGUUUUGGUUGAUUUUAGUUUCUUAUAUACCCCUUUGUAUGAUUCUGAUUAAGAUUUGGAGGUUCCCUUUAGGAAAAAGAGUAUCAGUAGACUAGUUAUAUUUGUCCGUGGGACGAAGAGUCGCCCCAGGAACUAGGUAUGGAUAUAAUGGUAAGAUAAGAUUGAUUAGAUGACCUCGGUCCAGUCAACUGACUAUUCACAGGGAUAUGACUUCUCGGAAUAGCACCUAACAGUCUAGCAUUACUAUAGUAAUUCAAGGCCAUUAGUAUAUUAUUCGUUCUUUUCCAUCGAACAAUACAGCGUUCAGCAUGUUGUA